AAGAGUUUGAAAUCGGAGAUAAAGUAUGGACACAACGAAAGGAUAUUGAAGCAUCACAAUCUGCAAAAUUUGAAGAGAAACGAAUUGGACCCUUUAUCAUCCAAGCUAAACUAAAUAACGGAGCUUACAAAGAUUUAGUAGUCAUUAGUUUUGAGGUUUCGGAAGUUUCGGAUUUUGGAUUCUGGCAAACUGGCCUUCGAAAUUUUCGUCUUGCCGAAAGUCUCGCACCAGAAUUUGUUGAAAAAUUGGAAAAAUAUCUACAAAAAUUCUUUAUAAAAAGCUUCGAUUACUCGCAAUUUGGAAAUCCCAAACGUAUUGGCCAGGGAGGUUUUGCAGUUGUUUAUUCGGCAACUUUUGAUGGACAGAUUUAUGCAUUAAAAAGUUUUAAUAUGAAUUUGAAAUUCGAAGAGAAAGAGUUCAGGCAAUUUAGACGUGAGAUUAAAUGCCUUUACACGAUC